AUGAGCACAUCGGUGUGUAUUUGGUUGAACGGUGAGCCGACGGCAAUUGGGAAACGGGCUGAAAAUCUGUGGAAUUCUGCAAAAUAUCGAGUGGCAACUGAUGGAGCGAUUAAUGCGAUUCUGAAGAGAAAAGAAUCCGUCGAAUGGCCACACGUCAUCUGUGGAGACUUCGACUCCAUGGAAGCUGGAAUAGACACUAGAAAUGCAAAGCUACUCCAUCUACCCGAUCAAGACCACACGGAUCUCACGAAAACGAUACAGUGGUGUUUGGAGCAGUUAUCUGAAAAUCAGUGGAAAUUCGAAGGAAUUCUGGUGCUGGGUGGACUCAAUGGCCGAUUCGAUCACACAAUGUCGACGUUAUCCACGUUGAUUCAUUUUCUAAAAGCAAUGACUCCAAUAAUAGUCGUCGACGCCUACAAUAUGGUUUUAGCGCUUCCACAAGGCACAUCUGAAAUCCACGUGGAAUUGGAGAAGACGUCGAAAAUGUGUGGAGUGAUUCCGAUAACACAGAAAGAGACGAUUGUUACGUCGAAAGGAUUGAAAUAUGAAAUGGCUAAUCUACCCCUUGCCUUCGGAAAACUGAUCAGCACGUCGAAUGAAGUGACCAUUAAUCAAAUCUCACUACAAUCUACAGCACCCCUAAUUUUCACAAUUGAACUAAUUCAUAAUCAAUGUUAA